AUGCAAGAUGAGACAACAAUACCUGAGGAUAUAUUUGACCAACGACAUCUGCAAGAGAUUGAGGAAAAGGAACAGAACAACAACAACAUCAAGAGCAACAUUGGCAUUGGUGCUAAAGGCAGAGAAAGUGUCGAUAUUAUUGAUGUCAAUUUGCCAUACGAUGAUUCAGAUGCAGAUGCCGAAGCUGACAUUAUUCUGGAAUCGCAAAGGUCCAGUGAAAGAAAUUUCAACUCCAGUGAUGACACCAAUAACAAUGGCGAUGAAGCAAAUAGCCCUGGCAUUGUUUACAUGACCCAGGUGAGACCGGGUCAUGUCGAUGGGGUUACAAAAGUGGAUAAUUUAAGAAAAACUUUUAAUAAGAAGGACAUCUUUAAAGAGACGAAGAAGAAGCCAAAAACGAAAUUUAAUUCCGAUGGGAAACAAUCAUGGAACCAACAGCCGGAUGUUAAAUAUGAGUCCACAAGUCCUCGCUACACAUAUGAUUUCCCCGAAACAGAUCUCUCAUCCUUUACGGCUAUGGACAAUUAUGAAGAUGCCAUUGAUGAUGAUGAGGAGGAUGACGACGAUGGCAGUGCAGAAUAUGAACGUUUUAAAUAUAUGCAUGAAAAGAAAUUACGUGAACAAAAAGAACGUGAAGAGCAACAACAGCGGGAACAGCAAAAACAACAGCUGCAACAAAAACUUCAUCAUCAACAGCAAGAGACAUCAGCAGCAGCAACAACGGAUGUAGAUAAUAAAGAAGAGGGAGGCAGGGGACAGAUGUCACUAAUAAAGAAAUUAAAUGAAAGGAAAUUUAAUAAACCUUCCUUGAAUGAAAACGAAAAAUUGUCCACGAAGGAUGAAAAUGACCAGAGAGAAAAUGACCACCACCAUGGCGACGAUGCCGACAACGGUAGCUAUGACAGCAGCAGCAUCAGCACUGACAAUGAUGAAGACAAUACCUAUAAUGACAGUAAAGCUGAUAAAAAUGUUGAUGUUGACACUGAUGACAAUGGCGCCAAUAUUGAUUAUGAUAGGCAGCCGAUAUGGGAACAAACCCAACAGCAACAGCAGCAACAAACUCAACCAUCACAAAGGCAAAUAUCAGAACAACAAUCUCAGGAUGCCAUUGGUGAUAUAGCCGCCGAGGAAAACGAUGAAAAUCAAAGUUCUUGGCAAGUGAGCAAAAUUGAAGAUGAAGUGAAAGAUUCCCGUCCCAAUAUGUUCAUACCACGUAAAAUGAAACGACAUAAUGGCGCAGCACGUUUGGAUGAUGCCACCAAUCGAUAUACACGCAUUAAACAGGAACGUCAACAACAGGAACAGUCGCUACAACAUCAACGCCAUGCCACGGCUCCACUACAAACCACCAUUGCAAACGGUGACAACAAUUCAAAAGACGACGGCGACAGUAACUUUGACAGCCAAGAGGAAUAUAUGUCUCACUAUCGUGCGGCAACAUCAGGAGUAGCAAAAGAAACAAAUUUCCAAAAAUCCCAUUAUGGUCGAACAAAUGGAAAUGUCUCACAACCGGAUAGCAGUGAAGGUCGUCAACAACAGUCACAACCACACCAACAGCAUUUGAUGUCGUCGUUACAAAACAGCCAAGCUAGUUCUGAAUACAGUUUCAAUGCUAAGGGUAAUAACAACGCGGUUGAAGGCCUGAAGUCAAAUGAACAGCAAAAUGAUCAAAGCGGCAAUAGAGAAAUGGAAAUGGAAACAGUGGCCAAAACGACACCAGCGACAGCUAUCGCCACCGCCACCACCAACACGUACGAACAAGACGAGGAAAAUAAACGACUAUCGCUGUUCGAAAGGGAGAAAUCUUUAAGACGCAAUAGUAAGCAUUAUGGUCAUAAGAUACAUAAAAAGAAAUAUAAGGAUUAUCAGCAUUACUAUUCGGCCAUGAUGAUGCGAAGGCAGCAUCCCACGAUGACGACAACAGUGGCUGCGCAGACCACAACCGCUGAGAUGACAACCUCCACCCCACGGACGGAGAGUCCCAGAAAAACAGCAACGGUAACAAAACUCAUAAAAAUGGAUGACACCAACCGUCAUGGCGAUGAAGAUAACUUAAGGUAUCAUAAGAAAUUAAAAAUGGAACGCGGUAAGGCUGUGCCACCCUCACCGAUAUUUGUAUUAAAAUCGGUAAGGAAUGGUGGCGACAAGGCAACAACAAUGCAUGGGGUAUCGGCCAGCAAUAAGCCAUUUUACGAAGGACAAAUCAAUUAUUAUUUGGAAACUGAGGAUGAUGAUGAUGCUCGGGCCAGUGAGGCGCGAUUCAUUACCAAAGGUGAUCGCAUGGACACGAACAAUGAUUGGUAUCGAAAGCUGAGUCCGGUUUUGAGAAAUGGUGUGAAGACUACGGUGCAUCAGGAGGAUCGGGCGUCGGGUAGUGGUAUGGGAAGACCAACAGGUGGUGGUUAUACACCCUAUCAUCACAUACGUAACCAUCAUCAGAAACAUCACCACCAUCAUCAGCAGCAUAACCAACAUAACCACCAUCAUCAUUCACGCAACCAUGCCUAUCAGCGUAAAAUGAUACCCAAAAAAGCGAUGGCGGCCACGGCUACCACAACCCCAAUGCCACCACCAUCACGCAAACAUGCCACCACACCCGAAGAGCCCAGAGUCCAUGAGUUGGUCCAUCAAAUUACCGAUCUAAAGGAAUUCGAACGUUACUAUGCCAAAUGGCCACACUUAGCCCGCGUGCAAUCACAACUGCACGACGAACAACUAAGGGAGCAGUUAGAAUUACAAAAUCUCCAAAAACAACAAUUGGGCAACUAUCAGGAUUAUGAAUAUGAUGAAGAUUACUUUGAGGCUAUAAGGACACCCUUGGGUGGCAAUCGUGAUGUCGUCGACAAUGCGGAAGAAAAUCUACCACCUUAUAUACGUAAAUACAAUAGACGUAAUAAACAGUUGUUGGAUCUGCUGGAGGGUACUCUGCCGCCACCCACAAGACCACCACAACAAUUGCGAUGGGCCGGCUCGAAACUGCAACCAGGCCCUCGUGAUUCAAGUGGCAGUGUGGGCAGUAUGUCGGUGCGUAUCGAUGAUGAUUAUCUAAAGGAGAAACGUAAACGUUAUCAUCAGCGCCAGAAGCAAAUUCAUGAUUUAUUUGAACAACAACGGGUAACCACCAGCACCACCACCACUACACCUAAGACCACAACAACAAUUGCGACAAUGUUGGUAGCAUCACCUUAUGCCGGCAGUUCGUCGCAUAGGGAAAACGACAAUGCCAGCAAUAAUAGUGAACCAGAACUUGAAAAUCAUUUCCCAGAUGAAGAUGUUAGUGUUUCUAUGGAAACAGAAGAGGAGCAGGCACCGAAUCAGGACACAAAUUGGCAAAAGGAAAUUGCAAGUAAAUCAACAUCGUCAUCAAAAUCAACAAAAACAAGAACAACAGCAACAGGAUUUUCGGCAUUUUCAUCAAACACAGGAAAUUCACCAAUUCCCUGGCAAAUGGAAAAAUUAAUAACACCAGUGGCCCCAGCAACACCUAAACCAGCAAUCUUCAAAUUACCCUCAUAUCCCUCAAUUGCUGGUAGUUACAUACAACGCCCGAGGUCACGUAGUGCCCAAUUUGCACCCAGUUCUGGUUCAGAAUUUCGACGUGUCACACCUUCAAUUUAUGGAAACAGUAAUCAAAAUAAUUUCAUCAAUGCUGGUGGUUUUGUGGCCUACAAUGGCCACGGUUUAGGGCCCAAAUCGACAACGGCCCGUUUCAAUGGCAGCCAGAAUAAAACUAUCCCUACCACCAUUCUCAAACCAUCCACCAACAUUUCAAAUACGUCCAAGAGUAAUACCUCUUCUUCAGCAUCGUCGUCUUCAUCCACACGUUCAUCGUCGAGGUCAUCAUCAUCACCGGCUUCUGUUAGUAAUUCAUUUGUAUACCAUCGUGUCGUGGAUGCCUCACCCCGUUUGGUUGGGGCCGGACUAACGGGACGCAAACAGCGUCUGCCGUUUGUUGCCAUCACCGAUCGUCGUUUGGAAACGUCAAAGAAAUCCUUAAUGGAUCAUCAGAAAGACUUUGAACAAAAUCACUAUCCGUUGCCUUAAAUAUAAUAACAAAAAAGAAAAAAACAGAAACAAA